AUGUCGCUCGGGGAGCUAGCAUUCCUUUCACUCGCAGCGCCCUCCCCGCCUCCUACCUCGUUGCGCGAGCAGCAACUCUACGCCGCCACGCUUGAGGCGUACGGUAACGUCCGCGAUGUCCUCCUCCCGUAUGCGAGCCAGGGAGUUCGCGAGGCCGCCUCGUCUGUUCUGGCUUCCAAAGAACUCUUGCAGCACUGGGAAGAUGCUCUUGGAGGGUCCGAGGCCGCCACCCACCAUGGCCCGCAGUCAUUCAGCCUGUCACCAGUGUCGGGAGGUGCACCCCUCUCACCCCUCUCACCUCUUGGCACAUACACGCGCGGUACAUCUAUCCCUCCCGUGUCUCCUCUCAGUAACCUUGGCCCUCAACCUGAACUCGCCCCGCCGCUCCUCGCGGGAGCCCGCGACUCGAUGGCCGUCAUCCACGUCCUUGAUCGUAGGCGCGAUGGUGCCUACGCCCGCAUUCUGCACUACCUCCUCCACCUUGCUGCACCUCGCCAUGCCGCUUGUGACAUGGGCGCAUGCGUCACUGCUGACCGCGUCAAGAUGGUCCUCGGCCUCGACCGCCUGGUGUCAACCCGCCCCGACGUCGUGUUUGGUCUUGACCCAUUGCGAAUCGCCGUCAGCCCCGGUCCGUCCUCCAAGCUGCUGUUCGACCCUGGCAAGCAAGUGCAGCUGUAUGCAGCGAGUAUAAAGGACCUAGUGGUCAACCUCGGUGACGCACCCUCUGCCCCGUGGUUUCCGUGGGUAUUUUGCUCCACCCAGCCUCUCUGUGGCGAUUUCGGCAAGGCCCACCUCGACAACCUGACUGCCAUGCGUCUCGGACUCGGUCUCGUGGUCCGCCUUGCCCGUCUCGCGCACGAAACGGAUCCCGUGCACUCCCUCCCCAUCCCACUGCUCUGCAAGCGCGUGUACGGUGUGGAGGCCGUUGGCAGUGUGUGGCGCCUGUUCUUGAUGGUCAGCGAGGGUGACGACUACACCGCCACUGAAAUAUGGUGCGGCUCAGCGUGUGUCCCGUCAAGCAUGGCACAGUUCCUCGGUAUCACGACCAGCAUUGCCGCUGAAGCCGACGUCCGCCACGACUAUAUCAGCAACUGGCUCUUCUCGCUGCGUUCCACCUCGUCCCUCGUCGAGAAUGGCGUCUUCGCCAUCAGCCGCCAGCAAGAGCCCGCUCCAAGCCCCAUCCACGCACCCAUCCCUGUCCAUGUUCCCAGUCCUUACGGCACUUGGCUGGCCAGCACCCCCCGUCGCAUGAACGUCGGCGUUAUCCCCAGCCACCUAACGCUCGUGUCCCCGCGCGAGUUUGACGCGGCGGCUCAUCUCGCGGCCAACUCCACUGGCACUUUCGGCCAGCCACAGUCCAUUCCUGUCAGCGAGUCCAUCACUCUCUCCGACUCGGGGCUCGAGACGGAGUACAACCCCAACAGCUACGAAUAUUCUCGCCAGUACACCGUGUAG